CUGUAGCUUUGACGUUUCAGCACUGCUUGGUUUGAGUGUGUGUGUUUUUUUCGUUUGAGCCAUCUUCUGCAGCACGGCAUGCAGCAUGGGUAGAAAGUGCAAAGCCAACUUUUGCGAGAAUUAUCAAGAUAAAAUCCCGAAAAAGACAUUUUUCUUAUUCCCAAAGGAACUCGAGCGGUAAGUUUCAUAAUUUAAAGAAUAACACAAUUAUAAUAAAUUGUUUUUCAGAUGCCAAAAAUGGGUGGGUUUCUGCCGCUCGUCAGAAAUCGACAAACUUUUCAGCAAAAACGGAACGAGUGGCUUACGGUGUCGGAAAAUUUGCUCGGAUCAUUUUGAUUCAAACGAUUUUGUAAACAAAAUGCGUCGCAGCCAAGGAUUGCGGAAAACAGCCGUACCGAGCAGGAAGGAAGUGCUCCGGUCCAUCGUGGAUGUUUCAACCGCGACCAAGCCAGCCGGUCAUGUAGAUUCCGAGCAGGACGAAAUGUAUGAGGUCGACGGAUUGGUUAAGGAGUACCGGUCGCGCGUUUCGAUUGCGCCCAACGUGCCGGCCGGUCAGGUAGAUUCCAAGCAGAACGACGAAAUGAUUGAGCAGUACCUGGCGUACGCUGCGGUCGCGGCAAACGAGCGAGCUGAUGAGGUAGAUUUGGUGGAGGACGAGGUGAAUGGAGAGUACCUGGCGUACGAGCAAGCUGAUCAAGUAGAUUUGGAGGAAAACGAGAUGGAUGAAGAGUACCUGGCAUACGUUCCGCAUAUGCGGCAAACGAGCGAGCUGAACAAGUAAAUUUGGAGAAAGAUGAUGAAAUUGUUGAGAAGUACCUGGCGCGUAUUCCCACCGCGGCCAACAAGUCGAGUAGAUCACGAAGGGGAGGACAAUAAAACCAAAAAUCACAUGCUCGAUUACCUGGGGCGCGUUCGCGGCCAACGAGCCAGAGGAUCAAAUAGAUUACGAGGAUGACGAUAUGAUUGAGUACGUGACGUAUGUUCCGAUCGCGGCUGACUUGCCAGCCGGCCAGGUAUUUUCCGAGCAGGACGACGGAAUGGUUGAGGAGUACUUGGCGUACGUUCCGGUCGAAGCCAACGAGCGAGCUGAUCAAGUAAAUUUGGAGGAGGACGACGAAAUUGUUGAGAAGCACCUGCAUGAAGACAACGAAUCCGAAUAACACGAGGAGCUCUUUAUACUGUAUAUAUACUUUAUAUUAAACAUCCCUUAACGUGAUACUAUUACUCUUUAUUAUUACUAUCUUGUUAAUUCCUCAACUAACUCAACCAACAAAAAACAACAAAAGUGGAAAUAAAUGACAACAAUUGAAGCUUAUUCAAAGUACGUCACUUGAGUGCUAUCUUGUGACACAUCCUUUCUUUAACAGCGGAUGGGUCAAAAGGGAGAACACAAGCAACGAGGUGGUGCCUAACUUUUUUCUUCUCUUGUGCAAUCUCCAUCGAAUCUUGUACAUCCUGUCCAUGCCGGACAGCAUCGAUUCUCCGGGUACCAAGCCCACCCUCGACAGGGACAGCAUCCGAUGGUUUGGGCAACCCUUCACCCAACCAGAAAGUCUGUCUUUAAGCUAACACUAGGCCUGUGUUUUCUUUAACAGUUUGCAUUCACCAGGAUUUCCGAUCCCCGAGGCCGCCGCUGCUUCACUUUCUGUUUUUCUUCCUGGGGGCCCAGACUGGGCACUACUUUCACGAUGAGUGGCCAACAUAAAUUGAUCUUUUGGAUUGGCAAGAGCCACCGGCAAGGUUAUGAAUCCUGUUAAAUUAGUAAAUGAGAUAAAUUGAUAAAUUUUCAAUGAAAGACACUUCUUGCAUCGAUCGGAUGCAAAAACGAAACUAUUGGCACAAUCAACGCUGGAUCACUCCACGUAAAUAAACACCAGAAUCAACUGUCACUUUUGUUUUGUACACGCUUAUUUGGAAUAACGAGGAAACAGUUACACGCUUAAGGUUGUUUAUAGAAAAGAUGAUGUUUUCGCAACAGGACUGCAGAUCGCGCUAGUGUGCAUCCAAAUUUUGAAUUUUCUUACGCAACGAUGGAUUUUUUUGAAAAAUCAAUGAAGAUUCACGUAUGUUUGUCUGUGAUGACACUGUUGCCACUGAACUGAUAAUUGACAAUAAUGGGGUACCCGCCGUGGAAAAAAAUCUCAGAGAUGGCGCUGUACGAGUAGUGGUAAGAAAUUUAAAUUUAUAUGGGGAAAAUCAGUUUUUCCUAAAUAUUUCUGAAAAUGUACAACUGAGGAGGCCAAAAUUUCUCCGGAGGGUAUAAACAAAUAAUCCCUAUCACUACGUCGACUUUUUGAAAGUCAGUUUUGCUUUAUUUUCAAAAUAUUGAAUUUUUAAUGAUUCCCUCCAUACAUUUUUAAAACGGUUUACCACUCGCGUGACAGCGGCCGCCAUGCGCAUUUCUCUCUCGCUCUCUCUCGUUCUCCCCUUCUGUUUGACAUCUUCUGUGACAUCAAUCUGUCAAGCAAGUUUUUGUUUAUUUUAUUUUUUCGAAACGUUUGUGGCGCGUUUUUGACCGUCGCAGCCAGAAUCAUCUAAAAUCCGAGGUAUUUAGUGCGAUAUGUGGCUUGGUCCGAGAGAUGGUCCAAGGAGUGGUCAACCAGCAUCGUGUCCGGAGUGGAUUUGUCCCGAUUAAGAGCGUCCUGGAGAUGUUUACUGGCGGAGAACAUUACCAACAAGAUCAAGUUUGAUUUGAUAGGCGGAGCUCCGAACGUGGGUGGAAACUGGUUAUUUGACGCCUACCAGCUUUUUUAACUACCACGGCAAGAACUGCACUUGCCUAAUCCCAAGUAUGCGUUUAGAGAGCUCGAUAAUCCGCUAAGCGGGAAAGUGUUUUCUCCGCUGGAGCCAGCGCCAAGGCGUCUACCGUUGUCAAGCCCGAGAUCGUGAAGAAGCAUUUCUACUACCACUUUGCUUCGGAAGCCCAUGCUGAGGCCCGCGUCGAGAACCAUCCCCAGACCCACUACAAGGUCCUGUUCAUCAAGGCUUCGUCCGGCUGUCGCCGCUCGUACCCGUACCCAAGAGAUGACCAUUGUCUACGUUCUGAUCAAGAACCCCGAGGGCAAGGCCGCUGCUGACGCCGCCGUCGAUACUUACGCUAGUGCCAAGACCGAGGUCUACUUCAUCAAGUACAACGCUGCUGCCAAAGCCGGGUAAGAUCUACCCAGACCCAGAAAUGACCUGAAACCUAACUUUAAUCUUCCCGCCAACAGAGCAUCUACUGGAUCGUUCGCCGAUGCUGACGCUUCCGCCGGAUCGUUCGUCGAUGCCGGGGCUUCCGUCGGAACCUAACCGAUUCUGCCUCGUUCGUCGACUGUAUCUUAUUUGACGCCAUGCCCACCUUCCAGUCCGGAGUGCGCACAUGAGCCGUUGAUGGCGAAUCGGCUGGCGAUGUUGGCUACACCCCGGAGCUGCUGCCGCUGGACCUGAUUCCUCUUUCGAAGCGGAAGGUGCCUUUGACGGAUUUGGCUCGGAGGGAUCGUUCGGAACCACCCUGUUCAGAUUCGGAAGCUCGAUCGACUACUAAGGCAACCAUUUAGAGGGGGCAAAACAGAAAGGCCAAACGAUGGACUACGAAAGGUUCAGUUCGGCGGGACGAGAAACAUGCCACGGAUACCAAUUCGGCAGAGUUCUCCGUGGUGCGCACGUAAGGUCUUCACAGCCAAAUGUAGUUGUAAUCUCGGCGACACGCUUGCGGACGAACGAUUGAAGCUGUUAAUCUAGCUUUUUCUUGAGCCACGUCAUAAUCACCUGGCUGUCCGACCACAGUCCGCCGUUUCGGAACGACAGUUUCAACGCCGCGAGGAAAUUGGCCACCAGCUUGGACAGCAAUCUGCACCCGAGAAGCUCGAGUCAAAUAAAUAGCGUGGGAUCCGGAUGUAUCGCACGACGGGAAGUGCGAUUUAAAAUUGUUCCCAGUACUCGUCGUUUAUCCAGCAACACAUCCCACGACAAGUCAGCGAGCCAAACUCGCUGCAACUCGCUGGCCUUGAUGAUGACCGGUGAGCAUAGGUUCAACACGUCGAAGAACUUGCCGAUUUACGACAGCGCACGUCGCUUGGUGGCAUCGACGUCGGCGCCGGCUUGGUUUGCAGUGAAUCGGAACUCAUCAUUCCCAGGAAUCCAGUAAAGCCCCGAGCCAGUUUAAAAUUCUCUUCUUCAUCUUUGCAGAUUUCGCAGAUGCCGUCCCAUGCAUUACGGUCGUAUGCUCGAAGACGCGGAUAAAGUCGGACGGUUUGUUCAGCCAGAAGAUUCUUUGGAAGGGAGUAUCGGAUGGGGUCACCCGGGUCUGGCGGUCGGCGGUGAAGCCGACCGGGUGCUUGCGUAAUGCGCUCACCUCGUCGAGCGUUGCGGUGUGGCUGAACUGUGACUCAGGAACGGCAUACCCAACAUCACCUGCGACGACCCAGACCAGGUAAGUCCCGCGGAGUUGUGGAAGGUUCUUGGCUAACUGUAGUUGUCCCGAUUUUAAUAGCUUGAAAAAUAUCGAGAUAACACGUCGACCCGGUCUAGUGUGUGGAAGUUCGGGUCGGUCUGCUGGAUGUCUGCAGGAAUCGGCCAAUCGGACGUGCUUACUGGGACUGACAGAGUCAUUCCGGUUACUUUGAGGACGAUGAGGCACUACACGUCAACUGUGAAGUUGUUGUGUCGCGACCGGAGCUGGACAGUCAUUGACUCUUGGGUUUUAACUACACCGAAUCCGAAUGGAGAAAACAGCUGGAGAAGGACGUCGCGAAGAUCCCGAACAUGUUGGUCUGAACCAAAACGGAGCAUCGAUGAACGGCUCAACCCUCAAAAAAACGUUGCACAUCAACGUGUGCUACCUAGGAAAGUUCGCAACCGUUUAGAUCAAGCAGCACGGUGGACACGAUCGCUGAUGAAAUCACCUAUAUGCGUGACUACCUGUUCUCGAUGUAUCGAUUCGAUUCAUAAUAAAUUAUAGGAUUUUGUAAGGUGGGUGGGCGGGGAGGGGGGGGGGGUUCGUCUUUAGUGGAUGACGCUUAUCCUUGUCAUGCUAGUUUGAUAUUUUGCUAUCUUCAUAUUUUUUUUUAAUUUUUGAUAUUUUGUCAUUUUGCUAUCUUGCUAUUAUUUUAAUUCAGCUAUUUUGCUUUUUUCUAUCUGUAUUUUACAUUUUUAACUUGUUCUAUUUUUAUUUUUAUAAUUCGUCUAUUUUACUGUUCUUCUAUUUUGGCUUUUCGCUAUUUAGUCAUUUUGCCUUUUUUCUAUUUUGAUGUGUUACUAUUUUGUUAGUUUGCUUUUUUUUUAAUUUUGCUAUUUUUCUUUUCUGAUAGUCUGCUAUUUUUAAUUUAAAUUUAGCGAUUUCGCUUUUUUCUUUUUUGGCAUUUUGCUAUUUUGUCAUUUAAUAGUUUGCUAUUAUGCCAGUUAACUAUUUAGUAAGUUUGCUAUUUGGCAAUUUCACUAUUUUGCUCUUUACAACUUUACUUAUUAUUUUUUCAACUUUCUGGAUUUAUUUUUGCUAUUUUCCUAUAAUGCAAUUUUGCCAGUUUGCUAGUUUUCUAUUUAGUUAUUUCGCCAUCUAUUUAUUUAUUUUUCUAAGUUUUUAUCUAUUUUUUAAGUUUUUUUUAACCUUUCAAUUGAUUUUUUUUUUUAUAUUAACUAUUCUGCUAUUUUGGCUUUUUGCUAUUUAGUCAUUUUGCUAUUUAGUCAUUUUGCUGUUUUGCCAUUUUGUUAUUUGACCAUGGUUUGCUAGUUUGCUUUUUACUAUUUUGAUAUUUAGGAAUGUUACUAAAUAUUUAACUAAUUUACUAUUUUGCAUGUUGGCUAUUUAACUAUUAUGCUCUUAACAAUUUUACUCUUUUACUUUUUAAAUUUUUACUGAUUUGAUAAAAUGUUAUUUUCCUAUUAUGCUAUUUUGCAAUUUUACUAGUUUUCUAUUCUGCUUGUUUGCUAUUUAGCUAGAUGGCUAUCUUGCUAUUUUUUUGAAAUUAUGUUAUUUUGCCUUUCCGCCAUUAUGUAUGCUAUCUUGCUUUUUAUUUUGUUCAGCUAUUUUGCUGUUUUCAUAUUUAUAUUUUUUUUAACUUUCUAUUUUUCUAUUGUAAAUUAUUUUUUUCUUUAUUAUAGAGUUUUUCAGCCGGAGGCUGGUUCAACUCUUUUAUUGCUCAAUUUAACUUUUUUUAUUUUAUUUUUUCUAUUUUGACUUUUUGCUAUUUAGUCAUUUUGCUGUUUUGCUUUUUUAUUGGUUUUCUAGUUAGCUUUUUUAUUUUUAAAAUUUAGUCUGCAAUUUUAUUUUUAAAAUUUAGCUAUUUCCCUUUUUUUGUACAUUUUGCUAUUUUGUCAUAAUUAUGCUAUUUUGCCUAUUUGGCAAGUUUGCUAUUUGGCUAUUUUACUAUUUUGCUCUUUACAAUUUUACUUAUUAACUUUUUAGAUAUUCUACUUUCAGAUUUUUUUUUUUUGCUAUUUUCCUAUUAUGCAAUUUUGCCAGUUUGCUAGUUUUCUAUUUAGUUAUUUCGCCAUUUAUGCAUUUUUUUGAGUUUUUAUCUUUUUUAAAGUUUUUUUUAACUAUUCGAUUGAUUUUUUUUUAUAUUUAUCUAUUCUUCUAUUUUGGCUUUUUGCUAGUCAUUUUGCUAUUUGAAUGGUGUCCUAGUUUGCUUUUUGCAUUUGGAAUUUUGCAAUCUUGAUAUUUAGGAAUUUUACUAUUGUACUGGUUUACUAUUUUGCAAGUUGCCAUUUUUUUUAGUUUUUUACUGAUUUGAUAUAAUGUUGUUUUCCUAUUCUGCUUGUUUGCUAUUUAGCUAGUUGGCUAUCUUGCUUUUUUUAAAUUGAGCUUUUUUUCUAUUUCGCCAUUAUGCUAUCUUGUUAUUUUUUUAUUCAGCUUUAUUUGCUGUUUUCAUAUUUGUAUUUUUUUAUUUUAAUUUUCCAAUUUUUAGGUUUUUAACUUUCCAUUUUUCUAUUGUUCAAUUUAGAUUAGAUGUUGUUAGAUUAGAUCAAUUUUACUUUUUGCCAUUUAGUCAUUUUGCUGUUUUGCCAUUUUGCUUUUUACUGGUUUUCUAGAUUGCUUUUUUUAAUUUAGUUAUUUUGCUAGUCUGCGAUUUAGCUUUUUUUUAUUUAGCUAUUUAGCCAUUUUCUUUUACGCCAUUUUGCUAUUUUACUGGUUCGAUAUUUUUCAUGUUUGGUAUGUGGCCAUUUUACUCUUCCAAUUUUUGUAAUCAGCUUUUUUUAAUUUUUUUUCUGUUUUUCUAUGUCAUUUUACUAUUAUCGUGGUGAUUAUUGCAUUCGAUCGUAUUAUUAUUACGAUCGUAAUUUCUUGACUCACGAUCGAGAUUUCUCGAUCGUAAUAUUACGAUCGUAAUUUUUCGAUGGUAAGUCGUAAUUUGUCGAUAGUAGAUUGAGAUCAUUUGAUCGUAAUUUCUCGAUCUACCAUUGAUCGAGAAAAUCUCGAUACGUGUUUUUUUUUUAAAUUCAAAAAAUUGAUUUUUUUUAAGUUUCAAAAAUUUAAUUUUUUUUAAAUAUAAAAAUAAAAAGAAAGUUUUUUUUUCUGUAUAUUUAAAAUUAAAUAUUUUUGAUAAUUUCUUCUUGAC